AUGCUCAACGGCUUCUCAGUCCCCCUCACCCCAUCCGGAAAAUCCUCCCUCGUCUCCCCUCCCCCCUGGCACUACUCCAGCGACUGCAUGGCCAUUGAAUACUUCACCGACCCAGAAGCCAUCGCCGCCCUGCUCCCUCCCGGCCUCACCAUCGACUCCUCCUCCCCAGGCCGCGCCUUCUUAUGGUUCCUCGACUGGCAAUUCACCGGCUCCGACGAAGAGCUCACAGACCCGGCCCGCUACCAGUACCGCGAGGCCUUUAUCCUCGUCGAAGCACUCUUUCAGGGCAAGCCCGUAAACUACUGCCCGUACAUCUUCGUCGACAACGACGCCGCCAUUGCGCGUGGCUGGGCUCAGGGCUUCCCCAAGAAACACGCCAGCGUCUUCCAAACGCGCAGUUUCGCGGCGCCCAGCCCUGCCGCAGCGCCGCUUGCGCCGGGGAGUCGUUUCGGCGCGAGUGUCUCUGCGCAUGGAGAGCGAAUCGCCACGGCCCGCAUCCAGCUCGAGGAGAGAAUCGCCGAUCCGACAACCGUGUUUAACAGGCCUACUGUGAUGCGGCGCUACUUUCCGCAGCUGGUGGCUGCGAGGCAGGACAGGCCGGCGGUGGACGAGCUGACUAUGAGCCUGACGGAUAAUCUGAACAUUGUGCAUGUUUGGGCGGGAGCGGCUGAGGUGAAAAUGCCAGAGGUGUUUGGUGAGGAGGUGCAUCUGAUUGCGCCGCUGCGGGUUGGACGCGGGUAUCGCUUUGGCAUGUCGUAUUCGGUGACGGAUUUGAAGGUUUUGAAGGACUAUGCUGCGGAGCGAGAGCCUGUUGUAUCAGCUGCUUUGCUGGAGGAGAUGGAUAGUUGA